AUGACGGCAUUGUUUGGAACCCCAAAUAGGCUUCUUCAAAAAACUUUGUAUCUGCAGAAUUAUCGUUUCUGCGCCUCGGAGGAACUUUAUCCCUCCGCGCUACCCGGCGAAACCUUUAAUAUUGUUAUGAAACUCUUGGCAUAUAUUAUCAUAUACCGGGUAUCUAAAACCCUGUUUUGCCGUAAUAAUCUGUCAGUAAAGGCUCGGGGUGUAAUAAGAAAACCAUUUGAGUCAGCAAAGCACCCGAAAUAUGGAAUGAACAUUCUGGAAGAGGACACCGAGUAA